AUGAAGCAGGAGAAGGGGCAGGGCGGCGGGAGGAAGCUGGGGCGGUGGCUGGGCGCGCCGAUGCGGGCGCUGUCGCGGGCGUGCGACUCGUACGUGCGCAAGAUGUCGGCGUGCGCGGGGGCCAUGCCCACGCAGUACGCGGGCGCCGUGGGCCGCGGCGGGGCCGGGGCCAUGCGCAUGCAGGCGGCCACCUUCAGCUCGCGCUCCACGCGGCGCGGGGACGACGACGUCGGCGAGCUGGUCCGCGCCAUGUCCCAGCGCCAGCAGGGCAGCGGCGCCUCCCCCGCGGCCGCGGCCGUGCCGCCCAGGAGCCGGAGCGUGGGGGUGGGCAGGAUCGACGAGGACGCGCCGUGCGACUUCGGCGCCGACGGCGGCCGCGUCGGCCUGCCGCCCCCGGCCGUGCGCAGGAACCGCAGCGCCGCCAUCGGGAGCGGCCUCCCGCCGCGCGUCGGCGGCGGCGGCGGGUUCGGCGCCGCGACGAUCAAGAAGGCCCCAGCCGCUGCCGCCGCCGUGCACGGCGGCUAGCCGAGAGCGACCGGCCGGCCGGUGUGUACGGACAGUCACUGCACGCGCAGCAGCUUAGAGCCCGGUGUGUUUUUAAUCUUUUCGUCCCUGUCAAGUGUGGCAAGAUGGUUUUGGCUUUUUUUCCCGUGUGGUUGUGUGAAUUGUACAUUUUCUAGUGGUUAGAUUUUGUCAGGACCUGGAAGCAGUUAGCAGCCGUGCAUAGCAAACUGCAUACACAGCCCAAAUCAAAUGUUGUUAAUUGGUAGAGUACACAUCUCACAAGCAUGCCACAUCUAGUAAUGUGUAUCGAUCCAAAGGCUAAUCCAAACAAGUUCGGUGUGUACACGUGCGGUGCAUACACUUGCUGACAUUUUUAAAA